AAAAACAUUUUUUCCAAAGAGAAAACAGAGGCCCUACCUCCUUCCUCCCACUCCUUUAACUUUGUUUCUUGAGAAUCUUCAAAGGGUAUUUCCUGCUAUACCUUGAAUAGAAAAACCAUAGCUGCUUCCAUAGAUUUUUUUUUUCUAGGGAAAAAGAAAACUACCUUUUCUUUGAUAUAAUCUUCUUGAAAGUUCCAUUUCACACCUCUAUUCGAUGCUAUUUUUCUUCUCUUCUUAUUCUUCUUCUGAAAAACCCAUGUUAGAUCCCCGUAAAUUUCAACCUAGAAAUUUUCUUCCAAUUUCACCUUAUAUACUUUCUUAGGGUUUCUCUUUGUAAGGAGGAACCAUAUUAUUUGUUGGGUUGAUCACUGUAUUCCCUUCUCUAUUCUCCAAAUUUCUACUAGGCCUUUAUACGGGGAUUCUCUCUAUAACCAUGUAUAGUGUUUGUUGGGUUUAUUUUAGGAUAAUUUGAUUUCUGGGCGAAUUUGAUCUGAUUUUUUUUCCUUUUUUUAGUGGAAGUAGGUAUUCUGAAUUAGUUACUUGAAUUGUUCGAAUUUUCAUGGCUUAUCAAUCAAUUCCACGUCCUGGAUCAUCAGGAUCAAGUUCAAAUUCUGGGUUUCAGUUCUUGAAUUCCCCUUUUGGUGAUACUACUUACACAAAGGUUUUUGUUGGAGGGUUAGCAUGGGAAACACAAAGCGAAACGAUGCGUAGUUAUUUCGAGCCAUUUGGAGAGAUUCUUGAAGCUGUUGUAAUUAGUGAUAAGAAUACAGGGAGGUCAAAAGGCUAUGGUUUUGUGACUUUUCGUGAUCCUGAAGCUGCAAGGCGAGCAUGCGUUGAUCCAACUCCGAUUAUUGAUGGUAGACGGGCCAAUUGCAAUUUGGCUUCGCAGGGACGUCCUCCACCUUAUGGACGUUUAAGGCCAGUAACCCCGUACUUUGGAAGUGGACAAGGUUCGCGAGGCCCUUAUGCCGGAAACCCCAACUUUCAACAACCAGUUUCCUACGGCUACCAACAUGGCUUUCCAUAUCCACCAUAUGGGUACACAGCUUAUGGACCUGAAUACGUCUAUCCACAGGGUGUCUACAGCCCUUAUAUGGGACAGCAAGUUUUUCAAAUAUACGGAGUACCCGGUAAUACAGCCGUCUACCCGUAUUGUCAGUUAAGUCAGCCUCUUCCUGGUAAUCAUGGCUAUACAGCACUUCAGGGCUAUGCAAUGCCAGGUCACCACGUUAUGCAACUUAGCACGGCCACUGUCAGUGAAGCGGCCACAACACCCACUCCUUUAGUUCAAGGAUCAUAUCCCACAGGUAUGGUGGCUCCAGUUCCAGCACAACCACAUUUUAUGAUUCCUGUCCAGUCUCCGCGGUUCACACAAGACAGCAAUGGUUCAGAUCGACGGCAAGUCGAGGGGUAGAUCAAAAUGACAAAUCACAUGUUGAGGUAUCCUGAAAAUCCAGCAAGACUAAGAGCAGCCUGCUACUUUGAGUGGCAGACUUCAAAUCUAGCCUUGCCGAUUAUCAUCUUUGCAUUGUAGAGGUCAUAUCAUAGUAGCAUUCACUAGAGAUACCACAAAGUUAGGUCGAGUCAUUCACUCAUAUAAAGGGCGAAAUACCAAAGGAAGAGUAUGGACUCUCUUUCAGCCAUUUACCAUUUUCUGUAAAUCCCCCUCCGUAUAUAUCAGCACUCUGCCGAAACUGAACCCUGCUGGCAGAGAUAUUAGAACUUGUCCGGUGCUCGGAUCUGGGUUUCGAGCAUCCAUUGUAGAAAUUAAAACUCAGCUGUGUGUAAAUGCAUACGCAAAACAACAGAAUCAACAUAUGAUUCUUCUCCUUUUUAAUCAUCUGAGCCCAGAAUUUGGGUUGUACAGCAGUCACUUCUGUCCUUUCUAGUAGUGUUUUCUGUGUGGUAUCUGGGGCAAUCUUUGUAUAUAAUUAAUGUCAGAAGCUGAUUCUGAAGCUUUUAAAGAUGAUACAGUAUAACCUUCACAACUGAUUUCGUAUAAUCCCACUAAAAUUGUUAAAUCUUCAUUA